AACAACAACAACAUUGGCACUGCUUAUAACCCUGUGCUUCAUGUAUGAUUACCCCCCUCCUGUUUACCUUUCCUCCUGUAGCUUACACGUUUUCAUAAAUAUUUAUGUGGUGUUUUUCUUGCUCUUCUAUGUUCUCUAUCUCUUCUCUUUUAUGCUGUGCUGUUGGGAACAGGUGAAAAGUUUAAGCAGUCUUGGUGUGAAUAAUCCAGUGUAUAGUUAUUGUAUAGUUGAUAGGAGCAGAAGGCUGAUCAAACCGAUCCUGAGACGGCCAGUUAUGGGUGUCCGAAGAAUAGGCUCUCAUCCAGUUUUGCCCCACUAUCUAACUGGUGGAGCUGAUGGUGCUGUUAGACUGUGGGAAUGGGGUCAUGGCCAGCCAAUCACAACACUGAGACAGCCAGGGUCAUUUCCAAAGGUCACCAAAGUUCUUUUUAAUGCUCAAGGCAAUAAGUGCUGUGUGAGUGACACAGAAGGUGGAAUCUGUCUGUGGCAAGUAGGAUUGGGAAGCAACUACAGCAAGGCAAUCAUGAGCCUGCAGUGUCAUAAUAAAACCACCAGCGACUUCCAGUUUGUUGGGUCGUCUAGCCUGAUUGCCACAGCUGGCCAGUCUUCAGAGCACAAGAAUGUCUGCUUGUGGGACACACUGCUUCCUACACGCAGCUCUUUAGUUCACUCCUUUCAGUGCCAUGAACAAGGGAGCCCAGCCCUUGUCUACGCAUCUCGUCAGCAUUUGCUUAUCAGUGGAGGGAGAAAAGGAGAAAUUUGCAUAUUUGACCUACGCCAGCGUAAACUCAAACACACAUUUGUGGCACAUGAUGCUCCAAUCAAAUGUCUGGCCUUGGAUCCUGAUGAAGACUACUUCAUCACAGGUUCAGCAGAAGGGGACAUUAAGGUUUGGGGACUGAAGAUUCACCAGCUCAUCUUUUCCUUUGUUGGAGAGCAUAGCAAGGCUACCUUCUUCAAGAAUGUCGGCUCCACAUCUGGCGUGGCUCAGGUUCAGAUGGGACCAUUUAAUCACCUGUACUCAUGUGGGGUUGAUGGUUCCAUGAAGUUCCGACAGCUACCUGAGCGAGAUCUUGUUGAACAUCAUUGGGCUUAG